GUGUGUGCCUCUCCCUCCCUCUCUGCCUCUCUCUCUCUCUCUCUCUCAAGUGACCUGGCAAGAAUGGAUUUGAAACCCACUGCAACUGCUAUUUGUUGUUCCAUGUCCCUCCAACAGUGACAGACACCCUUUCCCCUGCUCUCCAUUUCAAAAAACCCCCCACGAUCGAUCACUCCACAGUUCGUAGAACCCCCCAAUUGUGCUCGGAGAUUGAGGCAGGAGCUUCAAAAUUUCGAAUUUCGGUUUCUGGGUCCUUGCCCAUCUCCGUUCUUGUCCCAGAUCUCCAAACUCUCGCCGCAGAUCUCCCGUCGAUGGAGCUCUGAUUGCCGCUCUCCGAUUCUGGCUUUCAGGAACUUCCAAGUCCCUGUGCCCUUUUGGUUUCGCAUUGCAUCAAAGCGUCUAGUAUAGUUCAGCAUCAACAGUUCUAUGGAUAUUGAUGACACCAUAGCUGAUAAUGGUUUUGAGGUGGUCCCUCAACAUGGUGCUUAUGAGCAACUUCCGGCCUGCGAAGGAGAGAGAGUUCCAACUGGUUUUAAUGGGGUUACAUAUGAGACUGGUGCAAUUGCAUCUGUAAAUAAGAGCUUAGAAAGUGUUAAGUUAGAUCAGUCUGAUGCAAACAAGUCAUCGCCUGUGGACUUAAAGGAGGGACCUGUCAAUGUUCCUAAGGAAGGAGAUAAUUUAGAUUCAGACCAUGCAAAACGUGUGAGAAGCCAGAGGGGUCAAGAAACCAAAAAAAAUUACAAACCUACUGCGAAAAAUGUGCUGGCACCUGGAGCAAAGAAGAACAAAGACGAAAAGGAAGCAAAAGCGGUUCCAGAUGGAAAUGGUGCUCCGAAUUCCAGUUUAGAGAAGCCUAUUAAAAGUAAAUCAUUUAAUGAUAAGCAGCCUCGUCUACCCAAGCAAGCUGCAAAAUUUGAUAUAGACUCUUCAGAAGGCUUGAGCAGGAUUAAAAAAGAGAAGCCUUUGAAAGAAGGAUCCGUCAUCGAACCUGAUGGGUUUCCACAAUCUUCCCCAAAUCUUACCGCAGCUGAUUCCGGACCCCGUAGAGGGGGUGUACUUCCGAACUAUCGGUUCAGCUUUAGGUGUAAUGAAAGGGCUGAAAAAAGGAAAGAGUUCUACUCAAAGCUUGAGGAAAAGAUUCAUGCAAAGGAAGUAGAACAGACAACCUUACAGGCUAAGUCCAAGGAAACUCAAGAAGCUGAGAUUAAGAUGCUGAGGAAGAGUUUGAACUUUAAAGCCACACCUAUGCCAAACUUCUACCAAGAACCUUCGCCACCUAAAGUUGAAUUGAAAAAGAUACCCCCAACAAGAGCUAGAUCUCCCAAGCUUGGGCGAAGAAAGAGCUCGUCUACCGAGGAGUCUGAAGAAAAUGGCCACGGAAACCGUCCAUCUGGUCGUUUAAGCCUCGAUGAGGAAAUGUCGAGAAACCAACCAUCUAGAGUGCCUCCCAUCAAAUCAAAGAAGCCAAUUCGGAAAUCGCUCCCUGUACUGCCUUCUGAGAAAAUUAAGUCAGCUAGUGUGAGGAUUAAAAGUGCCGUGCCUCAAGCAACUCAUAAGCAAGAAACUGGCAAUAAAGCACAUAAGCCGCUUCAGGUGGAUGAUUCCUUUAGUGACCAUCUGCAAGAACAUACGCCAAUCUUUGCUGAGCUAGCCGAGCCAACUAUAGCACAAGAAGGGACAGAAUCAGGCUUUAUGCAGGAGCAGUAAUAGAGCUAGAUUGGACUUGUUAGAGCCUUCAACUUGGCAAGAACAGGACGACAAGGGUUAUCAGGGAUAAUUAUGCUUGAGGUAUGGAAGAUUUGCGGAAGAGUCGUGGGUUCUGGCGUCUUUUUGUCUGUGGAAGCAUUGGGUUGUUUGUUUUGUACUUGUUCUUGGGAUUGCUGGUUAUCGUAAGAAAUUCUGCAUUCCUGCACCUUUGUAAGUUAUUGAUUGCCCAGUGCUCUCUUUGAUUUAGCAUUCUUUGGUUGCCUCCCUACUGAAAAAAACAGAAAUAUUAGGAAUAUCAGUUGCUGUGAAGUUUAGUGUCGGAACCAAUUUGUUGAGUCAGUUGAGGUGUGACAAUUGGAUAUUGUAUUUAUGUUUUUGAGAUUUUUGAUUGGCUAUAUGAUUUGGUUAUGGUCCUUUGCA